CCAAUGACGCGCAUGCUGCUGUUUGAUUUGUGAUUGGGAGAGUGUAAGUGGGGAGGAGCGUCGGAGGCGUUCGGGAUACAGAGUAACCUGAAGCUGCCCUGGUUGUCUGGUCGCUGCAGCUCCGGGAUUGCGCGCAAGUAACGAUUCUCCUGGUCGGUGUGGAACGAGCACGGAGGCGCCAUGAUACCAGAAGAUGGAAGUGAACCAGGAUGUGUCAGUUAGAGAGCAGAUUUUUCACGAUUGGGUCCGGGAAUGCAUCAUCUGCACCUUGCUAUUCUCCACACUUUACCUUCUCUCAUAUAUAGUCAUCACCAAGUUUAAAAAGCAUGCUGACUUUGCCACAGUUGACGUUGAAGAUGCUGCCGUCAACAGAAUUGCGCUCUGGAUGUGCACCUUCACACUGGCAGUGUCCGUGGGUGCAGUACUGCUGCUUCCCUUCUCCAUCAUCAGUAAUGAGGUGCUACUCUCGGUGCCCCACAAUUAUUACAUCCAGUGGCUCAAUGGCUCCCUGGUCCAUGGACUCUGGAACUUGGUCUUCCUUUUCUCCAACCUGUCAUUAGUGUUUCUGAUGCCUUUUGCCUAUCUCUUCACGGAGGCCGAAGGAUUUGCUGGAUCAAAAAAGGGAGUCAUGUCUCGUGUAUAUGAGACCUCUGUGGUACUGCUGCUCCUCACACUCCUCGUAUUUGGCAUUGUUUGGGUGGCCUCAGCAAUCUUUGAUGAUGACUCAGCUGGCCGCGAAUCUCUUUAUGACCUCUGGGAGUACUAUUUACCAUACCUCUACUCUGGCAUCUCGCUAUUUGGGGUUCUACUACUUCUGUUGUGCACUCCCUUUGGCCUCUCUCGGAUGUUCUCUGUAACUGGAAAGCUGCUGGUCAAACCACGGCUGCUGGAAAACCUAGACGAGCACCUGAGCUGUACAGCCUUUGAGGAAGCUGCCAUCUCCCGCAAAAUAUCCACCAAAGCAUCCUGCUGGCUGAACCUUAACAUGGAAGCCUUGCAGAAACGGUUGCUGGCCAUCCAAAGCCACAGAAUAACUCUAGAGAUGAGGAGGAGAGCAUCCCCCUGGCAGCGUAACCUGGUUUAUCCCCUUGCCAUGCUGCUCCUACUGGCUCUCACAGGAAUUACUGUGCUGAUUGUAUGUGUGAAUGUCUUAGAACUUCUCAUUGAUGAAGCGGCUAUGCCAAAAGGAAUACAGGGAUCUCAGCUCGGGAAGGUCUCUUUCUCUGUUUUUGGUUCGUUUGGAGCAGCUGUACAAGUCAUCCUUAUUUUCUAUCUAAUGGCCUCUUCUGUAGUGGGGUUUUACAGUUCUCCUCUUUUCAUUUGGCUCCUGCCUCAGAAACAGAACACAACAAUGACCAAAAUCAUCGGGAACUGUGUGUCCCUCCUCAUUCUCAGCUCUGCUCUCCCUGUUUUUUCCCGGACUUUAGGUAUCACCAGAUUUGAUCUUCUUGGGGACUUUGGGCGCUUCAACUGGCUGGGAAACUUUUACCUCAUCCUCCUGUACAAUAUGAUGUUUGCUGGUCUUGCCACACUUUGUCUGGUGAAGAAGUUUACCUGGGCAGUACAAGCCGAACUAAUCCGUGCAUUUGGUCUGGACCGCUUACCUCUUUCAGUCAAAAAAAUUCGCAGUCAAGGCAAAUCUUGAGUUAUCUCUGAAGUCUUUGUUUUUGAGACAAGCACUUGGAAGGGAUCAGCCAGAUCAUCUCUGGAUCCACGAAGGAUGGAAUAAAUAUGCUCAGAGGAUUUGUAUGUGGAUAUAAACUGAGUAGAAUUGCUAUCCCAUAUGUCUUGGGAUGGAUAUGUUUGGCCUGGGAUCCGCUUGCCAUGUGUGUCCAUCUGAUGGUCAGUAUUUGCAGGGCUUUCUGGGCCCAGUGAACUUCUUGGACACAGAGAAACUGUACUCAAUCUUUAAAACCAGCUGAGCCUGCUCAGGGGAGAAUAAACUCCCUCCCCUGGCCAUUGCUUGAAUAAAACGUCUGCUGCUAAAGAGGGGAAUUUCGUGAAGAAGAGUGAGAUGAUGCCAAUGUGGCCAUCGCACAGAUACUGCAUUUUAUGAUGGAUUCAGUUAAAAAAAUCCCCCUCGGGAUCCAUCUCUGCUUGUUUACAUAGACUUCACUCCAUGCUUUGGGACCUUCUGUUCUCAUCUUUUUAAAAACUGUGCAAAGACUCACCAGCACCAUUACACAUCCCAUGCUCCCUCUUUUAUAGAGGGCUCCAGGAGCCUUGCAAUUAAGGGAUCUUAGCUGUGAUUUUAAAUUGUGUGGUGCUUCCGACAUAAUGUUAGUGUCUGUUGUGUUGUUCUGAGUGUCUGUGAGGAAGUGAUUUAUGUAAAGCAUGUUGUUCACUAUAGCAGGAUUGGGAGUGGAUGUCAUGUAGUCAUUUUAGUUAAGACACAGUCGUUGCUGCUUUGUUUUAUGUGAACUGCAGUUUGUCUAAGCAUACAGUAUUUCAUAAUGUAAUUUAUUUUGUGUUUUGUCUGUGGCUGAAACAGAGCGAGAAGUUUGUAAUAUGUUGUAUAAAAAAAAAAAAAGGCAUGGAGUUGCAGUGGUGGUAUUGCAUGAGUCGCAUUUUACCCACUGAAGCGCAGCAUGAUAACCAGAUUCCAUUUUCUUUGUUACUGUCACUGCCUUAUUCUGUGAGUUUGGUUUCUAAAUGUCAUGGCUUCUGCUAGUAAGUAAGCUGUGGUGAGCUGGGAAGUAGAAGGAAUCCUAUGUGCUCUGUAGAUAUGGCCCAUAGUGUAGGCUGAUGCAGAGCCCUGUUCUUUACUCCUUCACAGUUGUAAAAAGAGAUUAGUGUUACCGACUGCAGCAGGGAUGUCCAGCCAUCCGCUUUACCGUUUUAUAUUGAUAUUGGGUGAACAGCCAGUGGUUACCUAUAGCUGGACCAAAGCUGCCUGUAUCGCAUCAUAUGCAGCUGUUCCCUACCUGUAAGUUGGGGGGGUAACACCUCCCACAUACACCAGUGCAUUAAUCAAUCAAGGUUUUUACAGUUGGCCUUGCUAGUGAUAUUCUAAUGGCAGAGGAUAGGUGAGAGAAGUUAAUACACAGGUCUAGGAUGAGGUUCUGUUUAACACAAUAACAUUACAGAAAGAGAUCACAUAAGCACAGCACAAUCACAGUGGUAUCCUUUUUAGCAAAUUAUUUGUUUAGUAUUACAUUUGGGAAGGUUUUAAAAAUGUGGGUAGGGGAAAUGUAUUAAAAGGUGCACUGGUUUUUUCCUGGUCUACAAUCCCAUAGGAAUCUGUUGGAAGUUUGCUUUUAAAAAGCUACCUGCUUAUUGGUUACUGUGUGUUUUUUAGACCUGUAGUAAACUUUGUACCCGAUAUUUCACUACUUCCCAACCCUUUUAUGUGCCAUAUUCACUACUGUGUCUUGUCUUGAAAUCUCAAACCUCAUCAAGUGGACUGCAGGGUGAUAUUUUAAGAGAUGCAAUAAAUACCCCCCCCCCCCCACACACACACACACCAGACUCUUCUGCAUAGUGUGUGGUUUGCUACAGGCACUGGCCUUUCCCGCCGCGCCUAUAGAGUAGAGCCAGACCACUCGCGUCAUGCAAUGUCUUAUGAGCACCAACCACCCACUGCACUGACUCACGUGUAUAAAAGAAAGUUUUACUGAAAAAGAAGCAUAUAACGACUUAGAGUUGUCUGUAUUUAUGAUAAUAAUUACACUAUUUUUAAUUAAGUUAAAACAUUGCUAAUUAUUUUUAUACAGAAUUUCUAAUUGUGUUACCAAAUAGCCUCCAAAAAAGGUGUAUGGUAAAUGUCUCCAUGUUUAUACAUGUUGCCUUGUCUCUUGCAUCUGCUGGAUUUAACAUGGUUGAUAUGCUGCUUUACAAUAUUUGUUUUUGGAAAGAAAAAAAAUGAAAUUCUGAGCUAUAAAGCUGUCUGUUUUAAUUGUUUUUUUAUUCAGUGUGAAACUUUACCAUAUUUUUAAUAUGUUUGGGGGGUAGCAAGAGGAAUUAUAGUAUAAAUAUAAAUAUAUAAAUGGCCGAGAAUACAGUUUAUAUUGAGACAGGGUAUGGUAACACCACUUUAAAAUGACUACUAACAAAGAUAGUAUUCAGUUAUUAGUGGGCUGUAUGUUAACUGUGAAAAUAAAAUAUGACAGCGUUUACUGUCAUAUUGUAAAUGGCGUUACAGAAGAUUAGUGCUUAUGUCACAGGAUGGUCACCUCAUGUAUUAUCAGGUUAAAGUCACAGCAACAAAACCCCUGGGACUUUUUAUCAGUCACAGAGAGAGAUCCAUUUGUUUGGUCAGUGAUCAUAUCACACAGAGGGCCAGUGCAGCAGAGCCAUUGGCUGUGAAACAGACCUGUGCCCAUUUGAUAUCUGAGAGAGCCAUGAUCAGGUGUUAAAUAGGAAGAGAAUCAAAUGUGGCCAAAUUGAUCCUGAUUAUCUUUUUUUUUUUUUUUUUUUUUUUCUGGAAAUAAUAAUGGCUAACAAACUGUCAUGUGACAUAAGAUUACUCUGUUUUUAACUGAGAUCUCAUGGCCCACCCAGAAGCAAUACAUAAAUAACUGCCAACCAAUAUUACUGUUUUUUUUUACCAUAAACCAGUCAGUGGUGGGAUUGUUGUGAAAGGGGGUGAAACUAUAAUAAACUUGACACAUAUACAAUGUAUGUAUGGAGAAAAAAAGAACCAGAAUAUUGUUUUUCUUAUCAUUAAAGACUUCUCUUGUUUUUAA